ACGGCAGCCAUGGAAACUGACAGCUGCCUGAAUAAAUCUUUAUGGUAAGUUUUUGUUGAGAAGCUAACUAGUCGAAGGGAUAAGGUAAACUAGCUACAUGCACUUUAACACGGUUAUUAGCUAGCACCUCCCUACAAUAACGAUUAUACGGGUUUUCUAGUUGUAUACUCGCAUGGUAGGCGAUUUAGCUAGCUGGCAAACUACUGCUAGUUAGCUUACCAGUUACAAGCUCCACCAUGUUCCACGGGGAACGGGCUCCUCUUUCAACCAGUGGAGACGGUCUAGUCCCCGUUAACCGCACGAGGUCAUACGGCAGUCUUGUACAAUCCAACCUUUCUCCGGUACGACAAAGACGAAUUGAACACCUAGUUCAACCAGGAGAGACGCUGCAAGGACUCGCGUUGAAAUAUGGAGUAUCUAUGGAACAAAUCAAAAGAGCAAAUAGACUGUACACGAAUGACUCGAUAUUCCUUAAGAAGUCUCUUUCUAUCCCUGUGCUGUCAGACUACAACAGUGAUGCUAAUAGUGGGGUAGAUGUGACUGAGGAGGACUCAGGCCAGGUACAGGACAGUACAAGUAAAGAAGGCUCUACUAAAAAUGGGAAGCCAGUGAACAACUCUGAAAAGACACAAGAAGGCAUAUCAGAACUUUCUCCAAUGAAUUUCUUAAAAAGGAUGGAUCGUAUGAUCAGCCAGUCCAAGCAAGCUGUGAAAAGAUGCCAAGAGGGAGAAAAACGAUUGACAUCUUUGGAAGCUUGUACCACCAGCAAGACAACAGACCGUCGAUUUACAAGGUCAAACAGUGCCACGGUCGUCACCUCUCCCAGAAUGCAUCAGCAAGCCAUACUUGGUGCAUUGCCCCUCACCAUCACCAAAUGCACCAAGAAACUGAGAGAAAGAGAGGAUGAGAUCUUUGAGUUGUGAUUUCAUUGCCUCUGUCAGGCAGAUCAUGGGACACAUGUACUAAUGCAUAAAUCAAAGGGAUUGGCCGCCAAGCUAAUCUGGCAAUACAGAUUUAGGAGAGUUCUUAUUUUCACUAACGAGUAACCUGCUGCUCUAUGGACUUGGUACUUGAAAGUUGGUUGUUAGCACUGUUGAUAUAAUUGUUUUGCUGGGAGGAUGAGUUUCAUUUUGACAAUACACUACUGGUCAAACGUUUUAGAACACCUACUCAUUCAAUGGUUUUCUUUAUUUUUACUAUUUUCUCCAUUUGUAGUGAAGACAUCAAAAUUAUGAAAUAAAACAUAUGGAAUCAUGUAGUAAACAAAUCAAAAUAUAUGAUAUAUUUUAGGUUCUUCAAA